AUGACACCAAAUCUUGAACGUGUACAGAAAUCAGAUGACAGUGCCGUCAACGUCCAGAAUGUUGGCAGUGGCAGCUGCCUUAAAACAUUUACAGGCCAUGAUGACUGGGUCAACUCAGUCGCCUACUCAUCUGACGGUACAUGUGUGGCAUCAGGCUCGGUAGAUGAAACAGUGAAAAUCUGGGACGUUGACAGCGGCAACCUCCUUAAGACGUUAAAAGGCCAUGGUGGCACCGUCACGUCGGUAGCCUUCUCACCUGAUGGUACACUCGAAGUCUGGGACGUUGACGGUGGCAGCUGCCUUAAGACUCUAGAAGGCCAUGAUGGCUACAUCACGUCGGUUGCGUUCUCACCUGAUGGUACACGGGUGGCGUUAGGCUUGUUUUCUUGGGCAGUCAAGAUCUGGGAUAUCGGCAGCGGCAGCUGCAAGGAAUUCCUAGGCGCUAGUGGCACAGUCUCGUCAGUUACCUUUUCACCUGACGGCUCACGUGUAGCAUCGGCCUCGUGGGAUUCAACAGUCAAAGUCUGGGACGUUGACGGUGACAGCUGCCUUAAGACAUUAGAAAGACAUGGUGACUACGUCACGUCGGUUGCCUUCUCACCUGAUGGCAAAUGUGUGGUUUCAGGUUCGAGAGAUUCAACAGUCAAGAUCUGGGACGUUGACAGCGGCCGCUGCCUUAAGACACUUAUAGACCAUAGUAACCCGGUCCUCUCAGUCAGUUUUUCACCUGCCGGCUCACGUGUAGCAUCGAGCUCGGAAGAUAAAACUGUGAAAAUCUGGGACGUUGACAGUGGCAGCUGCCUUAAGACAUUAGAAGGCCAUGGGGGCGCCGUCACGUCGGUUGCCUUCUCACCUGAUGGCAAAUGUGUGGUUUCAGGUUCGAGAGAUUCAGCAGUCAAGAUCUGGGACGUUACCUGCCUCAAGACGCUUGAAGGUCAUCGUGAUUGGAUAAGAUCAGUUAUGUUCUCACCUAGUGGUACACAUAUAGUAUCACUUUCCGAUGAUAGAUCAAUUAAAAUCUGGGAUGUUGACAGCGGUGCCUGUCUCCAGACAAUUGAACAUGGUAGGGUCAGCUCGGUUGCCUUUUCUCCUGACGGCACGCGUAUGGCAUCAGGUUCGGACGAGAAAACAUUCAAGGUCUGGGACGUUGAGAGCGGUACCUGUUCAAACACAUAUGAUCACAGCAGAGUCAGGUCGGUUGCCUUUUCACCUGAUGGCACCCGGAUAGCAUCAGGUUCAGAUGACGAAACUGCCAAAGUCUGGGAUGUCAACAGCGGAAACUGCCUCAUGACGUUCAAAGGGCAUAGUAGCGUGGUCAGAACCGUCGCUUUCUCACCUAACGGCGAAUGUGUGGCCUCCGGUUCACACGAUAAAAAAGUCAAGAUUUGGGAUGCAGUUACUAGAUAG